AUGUCUGAACUUCAUCUACAUCUAGAACCGUCUCCCUCUGAGUACUUUCCUCCUUUGCCUAACCGCACGAUAUCCUUUGACACGGUAUCAGAGCGCGACGAGCGUGCGGCUGCACAGAGCAACACCUCCCCGUCCAAAAAAAGCAACCCGUCUUCAUGGCGCCAACGACGCGCUGAGCGUCUCGCUCGCAGAGAGAACACCUUCAAACUCAAAACAAUGUAUGCCGCCCUCACGAAAGACCCUGGCAAUCAGGAUGGCAUCAAAGAAGCACAAGACUGGAUUGAGAAGCGUCUCGAGCAUCUCGGCAAAGACCCUAAGUUUGCCAUCGUCCUGAGAGGUCCCGAGGAUAACGAGGUCAUUGGGUGGGGUGCCUUGGAGCUUAAUGAGCAGAGUUCCAUUGAAUUGGGGGGCUUGUCGAAUAUCCAGAGCGUCGUUGUGGAUGAAGCGCCGAAGAAGAGAUUGAUCGCUACAAAGCGCGAUCGAGCAUUCAACUGGGAUCAGCUAGCUUGGAAGAAAGUAGACGCCCCAUUCGAUCUGAUUGACGUUGGUCGGUGCAAGGGCAAAAAGCUCGAUGAGCUAGAGGAAUUUACGUACGAAUCUCAACGUGGCAAACGCAACGAUGGCAAGCGUAUCUAUAUCUACAUCAUCGAGGAGGGUAUUCAGAUGGAUGUUAAAUACAGAAAUAUUCCAGAAUUCCCUAAUAGAGAACAAACUAUCUACACGGAUCACUGCAUCAUUGAAGGUCAUAACAAUGAGAAUGACGAGGAUCUGGAGUUCCACGGCACCAUUGUGGCUUCACUCGCUUUAGGCCAAUCUCACGGAGUCUCGAAAAGCGCCACGCUUGUGUCUGUCAAGUACUGGGGGCCACUAACCGAUAUGAUCGACGCCCUUUAUAAAGCCGGAAUCCAUAUCCGAGACAACGGGCGGCAGCUGAACUCCAUCAUCGUACUCACAAAUGGUCCCCGCGACCCUACAGAUCCCGUCAAGGCCCGUGAAAUAGACCCUGCUGCCGCCGAUACCUAUAAAUGGAUAAGUACGCUACAUGAUGCUGGUGUCCCUGUUAUUGCACCAGCCGGUAACGAUCGCCUACUCAAGAACGGGAACCCCAGUCGAGAAGCCAUCGACUUCUGGCCGAGCAAUUGGGAAAGCCCGAACUUUCCGCUCAUCAAUGUGGCAGAGAUGGAUUUGGAUGGCAUUCGUUCGGAAGAGUCGCAGGCUGGUAACCAGGUCACGACAUGGGCGUCUUCAAAAGCCGCUUGGGUGAUGAGGAAGGAUGGUACUUCAGAUGAAGGCGCAGGCACAUCCCUAGGCUGCGGUAUUGUCGCGGGUGUCAUCGCUGGCCUUAUGGCUCUUGAUGAGCCACCUUGGGGUGCAGUAACCGGCCGAGAUCGCGUCGAGGCCAUCCGCCAAUUCAUCAGAAACGGCGAUAAUAGUGGCUGGAAGCGCGACGACAAGCAAUACGGCCAGGGAAACACUCUCAUAGGCGAGCGCAUCAUCUAGAACGGUGCGGAAGAG